UAGCAAAAACCCUAGAUCGAUUUUUGUAUUAUUUCCCUCCUAAGAAACUCACAUUGACGCAGCACACUACUUUUUCUUCCACUCAUCUUCUCAACACCUUUGCUCUCAAUUCUCCGCUGAUAGUACUGGACACAAAUUCAAGCUUCAUGUCAACCUAGUUUUUUUCCAGUGGUGAAGAUACUGGAGCGAAAUGGAUCAGUAUGAGAAAGUGGAGAAGAUAGGGGAAGGAACCUAUGGAGUGGUUUAUAAGGCGCGGGACAGGGUUACGAACGAGACUAUUGCUUUGAAGAAAAUCCGGUUGGAGCAGGAGGAUGAGGGAGUGCCGAGCACGGCGAUCAGAGAAAUCUCGCUCUUGAAGGAGAUGCAGCAUGGCAACAUUGUCAGGUUACAGGAUGUGGUGCACAGUGAGAAGCGCCUAUAUCUUGUUUUUGAGUAUUUGGACCUUGAUUUGAAGAAACACAUGGAUUCGUGCCCUGAUUUUGCAAAGGAUCCACGCAUGAUAAAAAGGUUUCUUUAUCAAAUUCUCCGUGGAAUAGCGUAUUGUCACUCACACAGGGUUUUGCACCGUGAUCUGAAGCCGCAGAAUUUGUUGAUAGAUCGCCAAACUAAUGCACUAAAGCUUGCAGACUUUGGAUUGGCGAGGGCCUUUGGUAUUCCCGUGAGGACUUUUACACAUGAGGUGGUGACAUUGUGGUACAGAGCUCCUGAAAUAUUGCUCGGAUCUCGUCAUUACUCUACUCCUGUGGAUGUUUGGUCUGUGGGUUGUAUCUUUGCUGAGAUGGUGAAUCAGAAGCCAUUAUUCCCUGGAGAUUCCGAGAUUGAUGAACUUUUCAAGAUAUUCAGGACCUUGGGUACACCAACUGAGGAGACAUGGCCUGGGGUGACCUCCCUUCCUGAUUUCAAAUCUUCAUUUCCUAAAUGGAUCUCCAAGGAUUUGUCAGAUAUAGUACCAAAUCUUGAUCCAGCUGGUAUUGAUCUUUUAUAUAAAAUGCUUUGCUUGGAUCCGAGCAAAAGAAUUACAGCAAGGAGUGCUCUAGAACAUGAAUACUUCAAGGACAUUGGUUUUGUACCCUGAUUUGAAGUCGAAGUCGAAGUCGCCUUCUUCUAGGGUUUAUGUCGUGUGAAUAUUGGAAGUUAAGGAAGAAGAAAAAAACUGUUGAUUUUAUGUUAUUUAUUCGCGGGUGAAAAAUGAGUGCUACUAUUGUUGUAGAUCUUUAUGUCAAGCUAUGCUUUUCAUUGGUCUUUUUUUUACCAGGACUUCAUAUCGUGUAAAAUUGACUGUUUCUGCAUUUGGGAUUGAGGACUUGUGCAAGCCCCAUUGUUAUAUGCAAAUUAUCCCCGUCUUCCAUA